AUGAAGAGCAUUGUCCUCCAAGCGGCCUUGGCCGGCGCCGCCCUCGCCGCCCCGAACCAGCCGUUCACCGGCCUGGCAUCUUCCUUCACCGAGCGCGCUGCCGGUGACUGCAAGUGCUUCCCUGGUGACAGCUGCUGGCCUUCCACGGAAACGUGGAAUGCCCUCAACACCACCGUCGGUGGCAAGCUGAUCGCUACCGUCCCUCUGGGCUCGCCUUGCCAUGAUCCCACCUACGAUGCCGCCACUUGCGCUACUCUGCAGAGCAAGUGGCAGGACUCCGAGAUCCACAUGGAGUCCUCCUCCUCCAUCAUGGCUCCCUUCUUCGCCAACCAGAGCUGCGACCCCUUCCAACCGCAGUCUCGCGCUUGUUUGUUGGGCAACUACGUCGUCUACGCUGUUGACGCAACAACACCCGAGCACGUCCAAGCCGCCAUCGCCUUCGCUCAGGAACACAACAUCCGCUUUGUCGUCCGCAACACCGGCCAUGACUACCUCGGUCGCUCCACCGGUGCUGGAGCUCUCUCUGUGUGGACUCACCACAUGAACAGCGUCAGCAUCGUCGACUGGGACACUACUGCCUACACCGGCAAGGCCGCCAAGGUUGGCGCCGGCACUCAGGGUUUCGAGGUCAUGGAGGCCGCUCACAACGCCGGUCUUGCCGUCGUUGGUGGAGAGUGCCCUACUGUUGGUAUCGCCGGUGGUUACACCCAGGGCGGCGGUCACUCUGCCCUCUCUACCUCUUUCGGCUUGAGUGCCGAUAACGUCCUUGAGUGGGAGGUUGUCACCGUCAACGGUACUCUCGUUACUGCUUCCAAGACCGAGAACGCCGACCUCUUCUGGGCUCUUUCUGGCGGUGGCCCUGGUAACUGGGGCGUCGUCACCUCCAUGACUGUGAAGGCUCACGCUGAUGCCAAGGUUGGCGGUGCUACUCUCGUCAUCCAAGCUGCCGAAAACGACAACGAGGCCUUCUUCAACGCUAUCGACGCCUUCCACGAGGAGCUUGCUGGUAUGGUCGACAACGAGACGAUGGUUGUCUACUACUUUGCCGCUGCUUUCUUCCAGAUCGCUCCUCUCAACGCCUUCAACAAGACCUCCGAGGAGGUCAAGACCAUCCUUGCUCCCUUCGUUGCCCGUCUCGACGGUCUCGGCAUCAAGUACACCGUCGCCUACUCCGACUUCGACAGCUACUACGGCCACUACGACAAGUACUUCGGACCUCUGCCCAUCGGCAACAUCCAGGUCGGCAUCGCCCAAUACGGCGGCCGCCUCAUCCCCCGCGACGACAUCACCAAGAUCGGCUCCUUCUCCCGCAGCGUCGCCGCCAAGGGCGCGACGUUCAUCGGCGUCGGUACCGAUGUUGGCAAGUUCGGCAACAAGGACACCAACUCCGUCACCCCUGCCUGGCGUAACGCUCUCGUUCACGCCACCCUCACCACGGUCUGGAACUUCACUGCUCCCUGGGAGGAGAUGGUCGCCAACCAGGAUCUGAUGACGAACGUCAUCAUGAAGGAGAUCGAGGCCCUCACCCCUACCGGCGGUGCUUACAUGAACGAGGCCGAUUUCCAGCAGCCCAACUUCCAGAAGGAGUUCUUCGGCAGCAACUACAACUCUCUUUUGUGCCUCAAGAAGAAGUGGGAUCCCGAGGGAUUCUUCUACGCUCGCAACGCAGUUGGCAGCGAGCAGUGGAGCGUUGCCAACGACGGCAGGAUGUGCCGCGUCUGA